UCGCCGACUCAUACGACAACCUUAGGAUUUGAUCGGCACUUCCUCCGGGAAGGCAUCGGCUGCAGUUCAAUUCCUAUCUGUUGCAACCUGCAUUGCUCCACCUACCACACUCUUCAUCAUGGUUGACUACGCGCAAUAUACACCCAACAUGUCUCACGACUUCGAGCUCUACUCCAACCCUCAAGAACAGCAUCUAGAGUUUCACCACAACCAACCUUAUGUGCCUGCCUCAACAUAUGCCAUGGAGCACGCCUUCAGCGCUCCGUUUGACCCCAUGGCUACUCUUGCAGACCUCCAACGGCCACAAGAUCUACAAUAUCAUUACGAUGCCAUCGCACAAGGUGUCAGGCCAUAUCAGUAUCAAACCCCAGCAGGCUCUCCACAUUCCACUUCACAUUCAUUCCACGAAAUCCCCCCUGUGCUUUCGGCAUCUUCCGAAUCUGGCGCUUCAGUAUCAUCCUCUGCAAUGGGCUCCCCAUCACUUGUUCCGCAGUUCCAUGAGUCGUGGCACACAAUGGGGCUCGGAGCCUCUUCUGGCUAUGAUUACUCGGGGAUGGUAGCGACUGAUAAGUCGUAUGUGGAUCAAAUGGACGGAGAAUCUCUCUUCUACCGGACAGGGUUACAACACCCAGUGUUACAUCAGUCAAUUCUCCUUCAGUCACUUCAGUUCCGCAGUCUGUUCGUUCUUUUCAGCCUUGUCGGUUGCCUUCCAAUGCUACAUGCAACAAAGACUAACACAACUCAAACAGAUCCUAAUCUCAUUCAGCCCUUCCCAUUCGCACCUCAGAGCCCAUACCCUGAGAUUAGGACUACUCCAUCUCCCUACUUCCCCAUUACAGAGCAGCCGCCUUCACCAGCUCUCUCUCAGCUCUCAUCGCACAGCCAGCGCCCCGGUUCGGCACACAUCAAGCGAGGUAGCGCCAGCCCAUACCUGCACACCCAACAAUACCAGCCCUACCCUCAACGUGAUACGCAACGGCGAGGCUCUGUCAUCUCUCUUCAAUCACAAAACUCUGGCACUAGCCGCAAGAGCGGAAGCAGCUACGACAAGGAUGAGACCCGCGAGAAGGGCAUGUGCCCACUGCCAGAGUGUGGACGUGUCUUCAAAGACCUGAAGGCGCACAUGCUCACACAUCGUGCUGAACGACCAGAGAAAUGCCCAAUCGCGACCUGCGAGUACUAUUCGAAGGGUUUCGCGAGGAAGUAUGACAAGAACCGCCACACACUCACACACUACAAGGGGACAAUGGUCUGCGGCUUCUGUCCAGGAAGCGGCUCAGCGGCCGAGAAGUCGUUCAAUCGCGCUGAUGUCUUCAAGAGGCAUCUCACAUCUGUUCACGGUGUCGAGCAGAACCCUCCCAACAGCCGCAAGAAGAGCCCAUCUGGCCGCAAGGCUUUCGGUGGCUCGCAGCCCAACGUUGCUGGUACUUGCUCCACUUGCUCGGUCACCUUUGCCAACGCACAAGAAUUCUACGAGCACUUGGACGACUGUGUACUCCGCGUCGUUCAGCAAACUGACCCCAGCGAGGCUAUCAACCAACGCCUGCUCACCUCAGUUGCAGAGGACCCAGAUGUCACUGAGACGCUCGACCGCAAUGGUCUGUCCAAGAGCAUCGAGUACACUGUUCCCAGUUACGAUGAAGACGAAGAGGACGACUACGAGGAAGAUGAGGUCGACAAUGACGACCACGAAGAUGCCACAUAUGGCUCUCGUCGCGCCCGCUCCGGCAAGGGCACAAUCAAGUCUUCCAAACAACAUUGACAAUUAACACAUCCCCGAGGUGUCGGCGCAACGCAGCACAUCGGGGGUGGCAACCACCUACCAAACCACCAAUCCUCCUCUCGCGUUCAGAAGUCGGGUCCU